AUGGCCUUCCACAAGCUUGUGAAGAACAGCGCUUACUACAGCCGCUACCAGACCAAGUUCAAGCGCAGACGGCAAGGAAAGACCGACUACUACGCCCGUAAGCGACUUAUCACCCAGGCCAAGAACAAGUAUGGCGCUCCCAAGUACCGACUUGUUGUCCGCUUCACCAACCGCGACAUCAUCAUGCAAGUUGUCGCCUCGGAGCUCACUGGCGACAAGAUCCUCGCCUCUGCCUACUCCCACGAGCUCCCUGCCUACGGCAUCGAGCACGGUCUCACCAACUGGGCUGCCGCCUACUGCACUGGUCUCCUGAUCGCCCGCCGUGUCCUCAAGAAGGUUGGCCUUGACGAGACCUUCACUGGUGUUGAGGAGGCCGAUGGUGAGUUCACCCUCACCGAAGCUGCCGAGACCGACGAUGGCGAGCGCCGCCCCUUCAAGUGCUUCCUCGAUGUCGGUCUUCACCGCACUUCCACUGGUGCCCGUGUCUUCGGUGCCAUGAAGGGUGCUUCCGACGGUGGUCUCUACAUCCCCCACUCCGAGAAGCGAUUCCCUGGUUACGAUAUCGAGACCAAGGAGCUCGACUCCGAGGUCCUCCGCAAGUACAUCUUCGGCGGCCACGUCGCUGAGUACAUGGAGACUCUCGCCGACGAUGAUGAGGAGCGCUACAAGAGCCAGUUCCAGAAGUACAUCGAUGACGAUAUCGAUGCUGAUGGCCUCGAGGAGCUCUACACCGAGGCCCAUGCCGCCAUCCGUGAGGACCCCUUCAAGAAGGUCGAGGGCAAGGGCCCCAAGAAGAGCAAGGAGGAGUGGAAGGCCAUCUCCCAGAAGUACAAGACCCGCAAGCUCACCUACGAGCAGCGCAAGGCCAACGUCCAGAAGAGGAUCGCCGAGAUUCGCGAUGCCUAA